AUGUCAUUUUUAAAUACGCUUAUUUUUUUUUCUGAAUUUGUUUCUUAUGGGAUUAAAAUUAUUGCGGCUUUUUUACCAAUUGGAUGGAUAGCAGUUAUAUUUGCACAUAGUUACGGCAAACAAAAAGAAGUUGAGUCAGAAUUAAUAAAUGUAAAAGUGAAGAAUAAGUGCGAUGAUAAUCUUCCUAAAACAUCUUUAGCUAGUAAUACUACACUAGGCUCAGUUUCUAAGGCAGAACAAACAUCCUUACCCAUUGCAAACAACAAAGAUAACAGCCCACCUGAUUUCACCGAAGUUUCAAAGUUCUUUAAAGAGCUAAAAUCAAUUAACAAAAAAAAAGAUAACAAUACUCCUACGAAAGACGAAAAAGACAGCAAUAUUGUUACAACAGAUAAAAAAGACAGCAAUAUUCUAAAAACAGAGAAAAAUGGCAGCAAUAUUCUUAUAGCAGAGAAUAAAGAUUGUAACACUCUUACGACAGAGAACAAAGAUGGUAAUACUCUUACAACAGAGAGCAAGAACGGUAAUACUCUUAUGACAGAGAACAAAGACGGUAAUACUCUUACGGCAGAGAGCAAAGACGGUAAUGCUCUUACGACAGAGAACAAAGAUGGCAAUUCUCUUAUGACGGAGAAAAAAAACAGUAACAUUCUUACGUCAGAGAAUAAGGAUGAUAACACUCUUACGACUGAGAAUGAAGAUGGUAACACUCUUACGACUGAGAAUGAAGAUGGUAACACUCUUACGACUGAGAAUGAAGAUGGUAAUACUCUUACGACUGAGAAAAAAGACGGCAAAAUUAUUAAAAAAGAGAUGAUAGUUUGUAUGCAAACAAUAGUUUAUGAUUGCACCCCAACAGAAUUGAUAAAAGAAGAUGAAAAUACUUUUGUUUAUG